AUGGUCGCUGAGCCGCAACGAAUCUUUAGGCUACAUCUAUCCCACGUCUUCGGUUUACGGUCGCUUUCGGACUUCAUCCUUGUUGGCGAAGCCUGGCCGUCGCAGCAGGAGUUCGUCGAGCGUUACAUUGACUUCACGCUUGUCUAUGCAACACCCUGGAAGCAGGUGACAUGGUUGCGGGUGCUCCACACCGAAACUACCCAAAUUGUCGAGCGCCUAGGUGCGACAGAACUAAUUUUGCCACCCGCUCCUGUGGAGCAGUGUGUCCAUCCCCAUCUUGGUUGUACCUGCAGUGGUCGGGAGUAUUUCGUCCCUGCCAUUCCGAAGUCUGCUCUUCUUGGCGUGGUUUGGACACCGCCAGUGCCGAAGAAACCUCAUCCGAUAUCGCUACACUCGAGGUCGGCGGGACCGGGACAAAUUCGGUCUUUUUUGCGGUCCUCCAUAUACUUUGGCCGUGUCUUGCUUCCCGUGUAUGCAGACCUCCAAUUCCGCCUCGCUCUUCAGCUCCUUCCGGUGCUUUCUCAGUUCUGGUUUCUGGGCGCGUCGAUCCCCGGUGUCCAAUAUUUUGUGCAAUCGGGUUGCCAGGCUGUCGAGACCGAGCGCCAUCUUUUCUUCUAA